GGCCGGGGGACAGUCUACCUGGUCAAUCGGGGGUCCGAGCCCUAGACGCUUGCUAUGGAGGGCUGCAGCGAGCCGCGACUGGAUGCUAAGUCCGAGGUCACCAACCAGCUUGUAGAUUUUCAGUGGAAGCUGGGUAUGGCCGUGAGCUCGGACAGUUGCAGAUCUCUUAAGUAUCCUUACGUUGCAGUGUUGCUGAAAGUGGCAGAUCAUUCAGGCCAAGUAAAGAACAAGUCCUUUGAAAUGACAAUUCCACAAUUUCAGAAUUUCUACAGACAGUUCAAGGAAAUUGCUGCAGUUAUUGAAACUGUGUGAAAACUGAUUACUUGGUUGAUAAAUUACUACCAUCAUUCUAAAAUCAUGGACUUCACUUUCUGUAACAAAACUGUAUUAAGGAUCAAAUGAUAUUUAUUGAAUGAAAAUUGUUUUUUUGUUUUUCCAUUUUUUAAUAAAAAAUCAGACAAACAAGAAUUAGAUAGUGGUGAUCAAUGCAAAACUUUGUGAAUAUACUAAAAGCUGCUGAAUAGAACACUCUAAAGGGUGAACUCUGUGUUAUGUAAACUAUAUCUCAAUAAAAAUCAAAUGAAUGAUUGAUACUGAAGGCAAUACAAGUUUAUGUAUUAGACCAAUAAUUUUAAAACUUAUAAUUGUACCCAUUUUAUAAACAAA